ACAUCUCCAGCGCCCGCCCCUAAGCCAAACAGCGUACCGGAGGCAGAGGGGCAGCAGCCACCAGCCGGCUCCCCGCCUGCUUGACAAAGUCUCGGUCAGCAUGGGGGUGACAGGGAGACGUGGGCUAGCGCCACCAUCGCGCCAAGAAUCGAUCACCAGAGAGCAGCCUUCCGCUUGGCAAGGAAUUGAUGCAGGACCCUUACAUCAGCCAGCAGCCCUGGUUGGGCCCCCUCAACGCUUGCUCCAGUGCAGCUGUGAGGGGUCCCAGUGGGUUUCCAUGCUGCGGCCAGAAGUCAGUGGAGACUGUGGAGAUACCGAAUGACUUUAGCCACCACCUGAUCAACCCGCAGGAGCUACAAGACAAAGAGGUAGAGCUGGAGGCAGAGUUAAGGGAACAGAAUGUCCCCCAUGAAGAGGACUUAGACCUGGACAUGGUCCCAGACCUAGAUGUGGUCUCAGAGAAAGACUUAGACAUGCUGCAGCAGGAGCUGCUCCCGGCAGCCAAGCCCGACCCCGAGCCGGACCUGGAGCCCGCAUGGCAGACCAUCACCCCGGAGCUGAGCAAUGAGGACACCCUGCCACAGGGCUACAAGAUUGAAUCCUUCCCCUCCCGCAUAGAGGACUUGCCCCCGCUGCAGAGCCCGGCACAGCAGAGCUACCAGACCUUGGCAUCCAGCCAGCACCGUUCCAUCCGUGUGCAGACCUCCAAGCACCUCUUCUGGGCUGACAAGCUCAUUCAAGCCUCGGAGCACAGCCUGCAGCAGGCAAUCCUCAGGCAGCAGGCCCAACAUGGCCCAGGCCAGGGUGCCGAGGCCAGGGACACUGUUCCCAGCUCCCAGAGCGCCAUUGUCUUGCCAGAGCAACCAGCCACAGAACUCCAACAGACCCCAAGCCCCAGCGUGUCCGCCAGUGCCCCACCAUUGCAGGGCAUCGGUCUGGCAGAGCUGGUCAGCUUAGCUUCUUCCUUGGCCAUGGCCUCCUCCAGUAAGAUGGACAUACCCAGUUUGGAGCAGAUUGUCAAAGCUUCCCCCAAGAAGGCCGAGGAGCCUCCUCCAGAGCCGGCCCAGGCCACAGCAGAAGACAAGCCAGAGCCGGAAUCAUGCACAGAGACAUUGCUACAGAAAACACCUACAGGGGAGGGGCAGCAGAACGCUCAGAAGCAAGAGAACAAGACGUCCCCUGGCCAUUACCUUGACUUCAGCAAGCCAGGAGUCAAGCGAGCCAACAUUGAAGGGGAAGUGGUGCUUCUCCAGCCACCAGCCAGGUCCUCCCAGCUGCAGGGAGCCAGGGAAGACUCGGUGCCGGGAACCAAGAAAGGGAAUCCAUUAUUGCUGAAAAUCCAUUUUAAGCUGUCGUCCCCCUCCACCCCAGAGAAAUGACUAGACAAAACCAGUAAAGCCUCCAGCGCUGGC